AUGGAGUUUGUUCCAACCUUUCAGACUGCCGGCAAGGACCACGAAGUGUUUGUCAAUCAUGGCGGCGCGUACUGGCUCAACCCAGUACCGCACGGCACGUUCCGCUCACGCAGUGCAUGCACCAUAAUGAAGGCAACGGAAACCAUUGACCCUUUCGGGAACCCCAAACGACCCGAUAGGCCCAUUGUGUUUGGACUGUCCC